GAGAGACCCCAAACGUCUAAAGUUGAGCCCGUAGAGAGAAUAUAACGUUAUAUAUAGUUAUAUAUAGUUAUAUAUAGUUAUAUAUUAAUGUAGUUGAGUCAUGUCUGCUUUCCAAAGAUACAGAAGCUUUUCGUUCAGGUCCUGGGAGGAAGAAAACAAGACAGUGACAAUGUUUGAAGUGUUUAACGGGACGAUGAGAGAGAAGAUCGUGCUACAGCGGCUGAUAGUGAUUGCUCGGCUCCCCCACCAUCUCGCUGACAGGACAGAACUGGGAGCUCAUUAUGAAAAACUCCACUUUCAGUUGAGCAAACAGUACAUGUGGGAUCAUAUGACCGGCCUGCUGUUAAUUUAUCCGUCCUGCCUGCUGCAUAUCAUUGAAUCGUCCAGGGAGGUUCUGAUUUCUGUUUUAAAAGAUCUUCAAGAGAUCCAACAGCAGCCAGAAUGCUCCUUGCUGGAAGCUCCCAAGGUUGUGUUCAUGGCACAUAACCACCAAAGCAGGCUGUUCCAACAGUGGAGCUACAAGGUGCUCAGUGAAGCUCAGGCGGUCGGGGACACCGGGGCUAAGAGUCCUGAGGAGGAAGAGGAAGCGAGCACAGAGACUCUGGUUUGCACUGUCCUGUCAGCACUGCAGAAACUGAGUGAACACCUUGAAACGUCUAGGGCUCUUCCUGGGUUAGUGCUGGAUGAGACUCCGGAGCUGAUCGUCUCUCAGGAGGUCCUAGAGGAGCUCUGGGCUCGAGAUGAGCUCCAGACUCCACAACAACACCUACAGAUGUACAACUCACCGUUAAACAUCAGCAUGGACUUUGGACAAGUUAUUCGAAGCAGCUGCCUCACCACAGUUUAACUUUUUGGACAAAAGGUCAAAGAAUGUGUUUGGCCUUCCCUAAAGCAGCUCGGAUGUGACCGAAGGCUUCCUAGCAGAGAGAAAUCACUGCGACAGUUUUACACCAACAUUUAAUAUACGACUGUAGCACUUCUUCUUUCUUUGGAUUUUAUAUAUAAAACUUUUUGAGUGAAACAACACAGUUUAGAAGAAAAAACACAGAAAAUCCAAGUAAUAUAAAAACAUUUUUAAUAGUUUCAACAUUCGGAUGAGGUUAAUUUUAUUUUUAUCUUACUGUACACUGUGUUCCACUUGGUGACCGGGAGAUAGCAUGUCCAAGAAAAGGCAGUUCCUCUUUUACUCCAAAACUUUUUAAAGCGUCCACAGCGUCACCACAGUUUGACACAAAGAACUUUUAAGUCUAAAAAGAUUCUUUGAUCACUUUAUGUGUUCCCUUUUUAUUUUGGCCCCCAUUACUUGGAACUUAAACUUAAGCAAAAAGAAAAAAAAGAACAAGAGAGAUGACUGGAGAUGUAUUUGCAAUGGCUGCAUGCACCACAGUGUAAUCGACAAACAUUAUGGGUAAAAACAAUCCUGAAUGCAGCACUUUGUUUUCGUUGUUUGCUGUAUGAUUUCAGUGUAUUUAGUCAGAUAAAAGCGCAGUAAUCUGGGCACAAACUGUUUUCUCUCCCAUCAUGUUAGCUGAAGAUUUUUGAUUUGUGCUUUCCUUAUUUGCUAUAGAUACAAAAGGGUGGAUCGUACCGUAUUAAUGGAUCACACGGUGGAAAAACAAACAGUGAAUCAUGAAUGUCUCAAACAAACUGUUGGCAGAAUCGAUGGAGAGUUUGAAUAAAAAAACAAAAAGUUCAA